UAUAAAUAUUUUCUACGAUGGCGAAACCUUUGCAGAAAGAUAGAGAAAACAGAUCCGCCGAUAAGAAAGAUUUGACUUUCCAUCCAUAUAACAUCACCCCGGAGACUGCUAAGACUGCGGUGUUACUUCUGGAGUCUCCUGAACCAGAGAUAUUAUGCCAGACGUUACGCGCGAUCACAAAAUUCUCAGCGCAAGACAUGCUGAACCGUCAACUGCUGUUUGAUCUAAACGCGAUCCGGUACAUCCUGCCACACAUCGACCACGCCGAGCUGAACAUCCGCCGGUUCGCGUUGAAGGCCCUCGCACAGCUGUGCCAGCUGCCGCACGCGCCGGAGGUCGUGCUUGAUAACCCUCAGAACUUGAGGAAGAUUGCUUUGAUGCUCGUCAAAGUGGAAGACAUAUUCGUACUGGAGUUUGCGUCGCUGGUGCUGAGCGAGCUGACGCGCGAGCCGCUCGGCUGCGACCAGCUUGUCUCCGCCAACAUCCUUAACACGCUCUUUAACCGCAUGAAGAACAGCUCUGACCCUGAUGUGCAGAAUAAUUGCUUGCAGACUCUAAGCAACCUACUGGCUGACCCAGUGUGCGCGUCGGAGGUGACGAAAAGCAACCAGUUCAGCUGGGUGUCACUGCUAGCGCUGAUGCAGAGCGAGUACCUGGCCAUCCAGCACGCCGCGCUGCGUACCGUCGAUCAGCUCAUCCGGCGCUAUAAAGAUUACGCGGUCCAGAAGACCUUUAGAGCAUCUACUGGAGUGCUGGACUUGUGUGACAUUUUAGAGUCGUAUGAAUUCCGCGACGUGCACACGGAGGUGCUGGGUGUCCUGCGCGACUACGCUGAGACGGAGGAGAACGCAGCGCACUUGUACCAAUCGGGCUGCGUGCUACGACUGCUCGCCUACCUCGAUAUGGCGCUACCGGCCAUGAAACCGCACUGUCUCGCGGUCCUCACCAAAAUGUCCUUUACUGCCAACGGGAGAGAUGCGCUAUACCAGACAGGCACGGAUCUGGUGUUCUGCAGCCAACUUCUGAGCACGAACGCCGACCUGUUGGCGGACGCUGCGAUGGGCGUCGCAAACAUGACCAAACUGCUGCCCGCUGCCGUACGCAUGUCCGAUACGAACAUCAUUGAGGCGCUUUGUGGUAUUUUGGCCGACGACGCGGCGCCGUGGUUCUUCGUACGCAUCAACUCGCUGCGCGCAUUGGCCGAGCUCUGUCGAAUCAUACCCAAGGCCGCCUAUAGGCUGGUAGAACCCAGCACCUUCACUACGCUCAGGAAUAUCAACAAGAAGGUGGCGGACUCUCCAAUCGAGGCGCAGCGCGUGGCGGUUCAGUGCUACAUCAACCUGCAGAGCUACCACGUCAGUAUGGCCGCCAUGCUCAACGCCGACUUCAUGCAAGAGUUGCUUAACAUACUGAAGCGAAUCGAUAUAACAUUGAAAAUGAUGACGUGUACUGCGCUCUGUGGUCUGAUGGCCGAAGAUGUGAGCAAGGAAUUGUUCACAGCAAGGAAAGGGGAAGAGGUGAUAUCAAACAACCUACUGAUAGAGCACGUGGGUUUACGCACGGCGCUGUGCGAGAUGAUCACUGGGAGCGUGACGGAUGAGGGCGCCGACGUCUACCUGGACCUCGGCACUGUGCAUUACAUGGUAGAGAACAAGCAGGCGCGGUACGUCGUGGCCGCGUGGGAGCCGGCAAUUGAGGCAAUAUUCCAGCAGCACCCUUCCGCCAAGCUGGCGUACACUGGCCGGCUGGACAUCAAUGAUAAGACUAGGGACGGAUUCUACGUCCAGAAGCGACUAUCCAGUCCGUUCCCUACAUUACGUGCUUUAUUGGAAGUGGCGGAUCCGAGUCAAGACCCGGUGUUUGUGUGCUCUUUCCAACCUCCUGACGCUGAGAGCAUUUCAGCUGUCGAUUUGAGAACACCGAAAUAUUCGCCGACGUCGAGGUCCGAUCGCAGCUUAAGUCCCGGCCGACUGCUAGAUGACAAAAAUCUUCGUCACUAUUUGUUGCGCUUACGGAUCUGGUUCGGUGAUCCAUCUAAAUCUUUGCACUAUCUGGAAAUAGAAGACGCACAUUAUGAAGUUAGAUACCGCGACAAGUGUGCGGAGGUGUCGACAACACUGAAGCAGAAGGCGGCACUUCUGGCGGAGUACGUGGCGGAGGUGAUGAGCGGCCUCACACAGGAGCGCGAUUGCUCAAUGCCCAGCGUGCAUCUACACCUUGCUGAUAUUAUGAUGGAGCUGCGUUCAAACAUCAUAGGGUUGGGUUUCGUGAAGUGCGGCGGGGCGCUGGAGCGGGCGCUGCUGUACAAGGUCCUGGCUGACCGCGCGGGGCUGCCGUGCGCGCUGGCCAGAGCCUGCAGCGCACGCGCCUGGUGCGAGGUCGCCGUGCCUGAGCCAGACCCGGAGGAGUCCGAUGUUGAACAGAAUUAUCCAGCAGGCUUGUUACGAGCUAACUACGUGGUAGACCUGACGCAGUGUCCGGGCAGGCUGCUACCUAUAGGUGGCGUUGAUGCGAAGCUGAUCUGCGGCCCCGCGUGCGACGCGCUAUACACUGCGCGCUCGCCGCCUGACAUUUGUAAAUGUACCAAAUAAACUGCAGCAAUGUAUGCGUAUCAUAUUUUAUUAUUAGCUCGUU